CGACCGACCCGGUUUGCUGGGCCCGGCCCAUUUAGUGAGCCGACUAAUUUGGUGAAUUAUUAAUAGCGCUGGAAACACUUCCGUUCUUCAUUGAUUACGGAGGAGAAAAAUCUGUGACGGACUCACACGAUGGCGUUGCAAGGGAAGUUAGAUAGAUUCAAAAAACAGCAAGAGAAAUGUCAAACAACACUAUCGAGCAUAGCAGCGAGCAAGGCUUCAUCUGUAUCUGCGUCAAACCCUCCUGUUCCUGUCAAAUUCUCAUCUGAUACGGAGAGACUUCAAGUCAUUAACAGUAUACGCAAAGCACCUGUUGGAGCUCAAAUGAAGCGUGUUAUUGCUAUCCUUUAUGAGACUCGGCAGGCUUUAACGUUGGAUCAAAUAAAUGAAGCAUGCUAUGUGGACAUGAAAGCUAACAAAGAUGUUUUUGACAGUAUGAGGAAAAAUCCAAAAGUAAGAUUUGAUGGAGAAAGAUUCUCUUACAAGUCGAAACAUGCCCUUAGGGACAAAAAAGAGCUGCUUUUCCUGAUACGCAAAUUUCCAGAGGGCAUUGCUGUUAUUGACCUAAAGGAUUCGUACCCAACUGUGAUGGAGGACUUACAGGCUUUGAAAGCUGCAAGGGAGAUUUGGCUGCUGUCCAACUUUGAUUCACAGGAAGACAUUGCCUACCCUAAUGAUCCUAAAGUCCCCAUUAAGGUGGAUGAUGACCUAAAACAGCUUUUUCGUGGGAUUGAAUUGCCACGGGAUAUGAUUGAUAUAGAGAGGGAUCUCCAAAAAAAUGGUAUGAAGCCUGCUACUAACACUGCAAAGAGGAGGAGUGCAGCACAAAUGGAAGGCAUUUCAACCAAACCUAAACCUAAGAAGAAGAAGAGUGAAAUCACUAAGAGGACCAAGCUGACUAAUGCCCAUCUUCCGGAGCUUUUUCAGAACUUAAACAAUUCCUAACUUAAGGAACUCAUAGUGCGUGUUGGGCGAAUUCUCAUAGUUCAUCUAGUGGCGUAAAAUUGAUAAUGUCUUUAGAGAGUCUCCACAUUGUCUAUAAGGAUAUAUCUUUUUUAAUUGUAUUAGCUUACUGCCUCUGGUUUUGGAAGUAUCCAUUUUGUUGGAGAAACAAUUUUUCAGAGCGGAGGGCUCAUUGCAAAUUCAGGGUAAUCCUUCGAGGCUUAAUCAAGAUUCUUAAGCAAAAGGGAAAAGGUGGCCAGAGCCCCUCUUCUGAUGGUUUUUCUUAACUCAAGGUUGUAUUGUUCAAACAAAAGGCAGAAAAUGGUCGUUCUCAUUCAUAUGUUCUACUUCUGGAAAUGAAUAGUGAGUUUGUUGGUGAGAAUUAAGAGUAUCACAAUUUUCAGAGUGCUGUCAGUUUGUUGAACAUUUGUAUGGAUCAUAAUGUUAAAACACCUGCAUGUAACUUUGAAUAUUCUACGCACAACACUUGCAUGUAAAUUUGCAUUAUGGCUAUGUUUGAAGUACUUCAAAAUAAGGAAAUAAAAAUGUUUACGAAUGCAA